GUACCCAAAAAUGGCAAUUCUCCAUCUCAACCUGAGCACUCCUUGAAGCAUGACCCUGCAGACAUCAUUCAGCGUAUGUGUACUAAAUAAGUCAGUGUCAGACGGGUACUACUAGUCAUCACCGUAGUUGCCUCACUCCUCCUCGUGCGAUGGAGGUAUGGUGUACUAUCAUGAAUUCGCAUCUUCGUACUAAAAUCGUGCAACAUCAUAGCGAAGGAAAGUCGUAUUCGUGCAAGUUGCCCUACUGCUACUUGUCGUGUAGAGAAUUUGACGUUGAUGUCAGCAACCAAAAGUACUAAAAUCGUGUCCAGCAAUUGACUUUGACGCAGCCUCCCCAUCGUCAAACAAUAAGACUCCUCGAAAUAAGCAAUCAGGAAGUCGUUGAAGUAGCGUAGAUUUUCCCGUCACUAGGAUUGACCUUGGCGCCCCCAGCGAAAUGCAUUUUUUCCCCUCUUUACCAUGAUGUAGAUGUUUUGAGCUACAUUGAUUGUCACUGACUACUAGAUCAGAAUCGACAAAUUUGACAUCACCGCUCACCACCGAAGGAACGCCGCGCAGAAAUCGGUACGAUUGUCGGAAUAAAUAAACGUGGCUUCCGCAUCAAAUCAUGGGCCAAACCCUGUUCACCGAGCCGCAGCCCGAUGGGUGUUGCGCAGAAAUGGUCUCCGCCCCCGAAGCGACGACCAAGGAGCUGUUCGCGCGCCAUUACCCGCUCAUCCUCCACAUGAAGGCGAUGCAGAAACACAACAGCAAGACGGUAAAUGAGAACAUCACGGAUGAGGAAUUGUACCAGCAACUCCAGAAGAAAAACACGCAAUCUUCCAACCGGGACUACAGUGAGUGCUUCGAGGAUGAAAGAGUUUACAACGUCGGCACCUACAUCGGGCAGAUGAACAAGAACGGGCAGAGGUGCGGGUUAUGCAUUGCAAAAGCAUCGUACUAGUAUAAAUUGCAUUACAAAUUUUCUCAGAAGGAAAAACUCAAUUUGUAAUGCUGACGUUGCUAAGAAUCCUGAUUUGUCAUGCAUAGUUGCAAUUACUACGAGUGCGAUGCUUUUGCAGUGGAUAUGGGUACGGAGUGUGCCAAUACACGUCGGGGAAUAUCAGCUAUUCCGGCUACUGGUGGGAUGAUAAGUACGACAGCGAGGGCACGUUUAAGGACGAACAGUCGCAGUACGAUGGGCAGUGGGUGAAUGGGAAAAAGUCAGGGUUUGGCCAGGAGAUCUGGUUUGACGACCGUACACGGUACAUUGGUAUGAAUUGCAAAAGUAUCGUACUCGUACUAAUUCAAGAUAUGCAUGACAAAUCGCCUUCCUUAGCUAAAACAGCAUGACAAACUCAAUUUGUCAUGCUAAGCUAAUUUGUAUUGCAAUUUAUACUAGUACGAUACUUUUGCACAGGAUAAUUGGGCAGUUCGAAAACGGUUUGAAACACGGGCAGGGGAAAUACAUCUGGAGAAGUGGUAAUAGAAUGCAAAUGCUUAGCUUCUUUUCUCGCACCAGCUCGUAGGCCGCAGCAGCAGCUUUUGAUGUCUAUGAAACGACGAGAACAAUAAAGCAUAGCACGUCGCACACAAGCAAGAUGAUUAUGUUUGACUUCACCUUGGUGUAAAAGCAAAACUAUAGUCAAAAUGCAUUCUCAUGAAAAUCCCUCAUCAGGUAACAUCUACGAGGGUGAAUUUGAAGACGACAUUGUGAACGGCUACGGCACGCUGUGGUGGCCCGACGAUCGGGAGUACGAGGGGGAAUGGAAGAACGGCGUGCAGCACGGCAAGGGAAUUUUUGUCGACAAGGAGGGGCGGGAAUCGGUUGUUUACUUCUGGCAGGGAGCGAAGCUGAAGGACGAAAAAGCGUUUCUAGCGCAGCAGCAGAAAGCCGACGCGGAAGAGAAGAAGGCGGGAGGAAGUGGCAGUGCGGGAGCGGGGGCGAAGAAGAGCACUGCGAGUUCGGGAAGUGGUGCGGGGAAGGGCCCGAUCUCACACGCGGUCACGCAGGGGAGCUUGGUGGGGCCGGGCGGGAAGUAGUAGAGAAAAAGAGCUUUUUGCGUAAGUACUUCUUUAAAGUUCCCAACCAAGAAAAUCAUGCCUACCCGUCUUCCGCGUAAGCGAAAAUUUAAAGAUCUGUUUGAUUGAAGUGUCAGUCCCACCUCCGGAAGUUUCGUCCCAUUAGAACAUCAUUACGUACUAGAAGAUUCUCCAUCGGCUUAUUCCCCCCCCCCCCUGUGAAUGAGUUCUUCUACUUCGACCUUGUCAUCGACAUGUGACAUCUCGCACACCCCAUCGGCUUCCUUUCAGUUUCACCUUUUUCCCCGAGAAACAACCGCUACUUACUCGUUCUUUGCACAUCCAAUUACACACACACACACACAUGGCAUGAUCAUUUUUUUCACAGUAGACGCAUCGUGAGUACCUCGAAUCAGUAGUAGUAUU